AUGGUUUCACGUUUUUCUGACCUGGAACGUAAAACGUUACUUGUACAGUUUGUUGCUGUUGAACCAUUAACAUUUUAUUCAACAUCAGAUGGUACUGACCUUGUUCAAGAUAUUUUACGAUCUCAUUUAUCACGAUCAGAUGCAGAUAUAUUUGGACAAGAAGGUUCAUUAUCAAUUGAUGAACUAGGAGAAUUUCUUACAUUUGAACCAGUAGAGACAAAAAAUCGUACAUUACAUUUACCAAUAGAACAUUUAGCUUAUUGUGGUGCGUUACGACGUAUGCGUCGUGAGUUUUUCGAUCCACGUGAACCAGAACAAAUUCAUCGACGAGAAUUUGAAAAUGUUGACUUAGCUAAUCAUUUUGCACAAUUUAUUAUUGGUCCACCAAUAUUUGCUACUGUUUUUCAUGGUUUUGAUAAUGCACUAUGUUACAUAUUUGUUACACAAAGUGCUGAUGAUUCUUGUCUUUUAGUUAUGAAACUUAUGCGUGCUUUUAAAUUACAUGAACAACAAUUAGAACAACAAGAACAAUUAAAUCAAGGUUAUCCUUCAUUUCCUCCAUUGCGUACUGGUGGUAGGUCACCUUUGCCUAUGGAUAUGAAACGGCAGAGUCCAUUACUUCAACAAUCACAAGGAUAUUUUACUGAUAAUAGACACACAUUAUCAUCUCCUUGUGUUCAUCGAACACCAAGUACAACAGCAAAUUCAUAUGCUCAAGAUCCACGACAAGAUGAAUUAAUUCAACGACUUCUUUCAAAUCCAAAUUUAGAAGUUGUUAAUCAAUCAGCACCAUUCGUUUCUCAACGUAUUGAUGAUAUACCAAUUAUAUCUGCACCAUUACCUAGAAAUCGACGACCUUCUCCAAAUAUGCUUAAUAUCCCUGGUGGUACUUCCAGUAAUAUUCAAUUUUUGGGUAGAUUAUCACCUCAAUCAAUGCGACCACCUUCACCGCCUAUUCUUGGAAUUCAUGAUACAACUAAUAUUUCAAAUAUGUCAUUGGGUAAUACUAAUCCACAAGUAAUCUACAAACCAAAUAAUCAAGAAGUAGUUUAUAAACAAAAUAUAAUGGUGCGUUGGCUACAACCACCAACACCACCUCCACCAGCGCCCAUUAUUAUACGAGAAAUUCGAGCUCCAGCCGAAACUCAACCACCUAUUGUUUGUCGACAAAUGCCUCCAUGUCCACCAACACCACCGCCAAUUAUUAUCAGAGAAAAACCACCGCUAUGUCCUCCAUCUGGACAACCUUUAAUUAUAGAAAAACGUUUACCACCAGUUACUUGUCCUCGACAGGUUAUUGUUGAACGAUAUCCAGCUCCACCUGCAAAACCACCAACAAUUAUUUAUGAAAAAUAUCUACCACAAACACAACCAGCACGCCAAAUUAUUGUCAAACGUGAAAUGGGUCGGCCUACUGGAUAUCAAGUAGCACAACAACAAAUUCCAGGUCGACAAUUAGUUAGAGAAAUCGUUCGACAAAUUCCACAAAUAUCAUCAACAGCUCAAUCAGCUUUAGUUUGUACACCACAACAACAAGCAACUGGUCAAACAACUUUUGUUUGUGCACCACAACAGCAAGCAACAGCUCAACCAGCUUUAGUUUGUGUACCACAGCAACAAGCAAAUGGUCAAACAACUUUUGUUUGUGCACCACAACAGCAAACAACAGCUCAACCGACUUUAGUUUGUGUGCCACAACAGCAAACAACAACUCAACCACAAGCUGUUCAACAACUACUACCAGUAUUUACUGCACAACAAAAUCUUGUUCAACCUCAAGGUAUGCGUAUUAUUCGACAAAUGAUUGGUCCAUCACAGGUAGCUAUUCAACAACCUCAACAAGUUUAUUCAACAGCGGGUUCACCUAUUAUUCAAACAGUACCGACAACUGUCAUGCAGUAG